AUGUUUGCCCUUAAGACAUUUACCAAUUUAUGUACUACUCAAUCAAUUCUUCAAAAUUCAAUACGUACGGCAAAAGUAUUUAAACCAAAUUUACUUCUUGCAAAAUAUCGUAAUAUUAAAGUAAAAGAUGGUCAAUGGGUUGAAAAAGAUACUAUUCUUACUUUACAGAACAAUCUUGUUUUAUAUCCUGGCGAAAAUACAUCUGUCGCUUAUGAUUAUACAAUUCGAUCAAUAGUACCAGGAUUUGUUGUAAUAACAACUGAAUCUAUAAAACCAUAUCCACAUAGUCCAUUAUUUCGUUAUAUUAAUAGUGGAAAUGAUGUUAAACGAAAUUUUAUACAUGUUUUACCACCACAACGUCAAGCAACUUUUCAUCUUAUUGAUCAAUUAUAUCAUAAUGAAUUCAAUAUUUUAAAUGUGAAUAAAUAUGUAUCAAUUUAUUAUCAAUUUGAACAGUAUUUCUUAUUAAUAUUAAAAUUAAUUAUUAUGACUGUUGUUAUUCAAACACGUGAUCGUUGUCGUAUUUGUUUUUCAUUACUUUUACGUGAUCGUUCAAUAUGUUGUCAAAAAUCUUAUGAUUUAUUUAAACAUAUUGAACGACGAAAAAUUCCAUUUAAUAAAUUAAAUUCAUAUCAAAUUAAAAUACGAAAUCAAACUGUUUGUUUUCAUGAUUUAAUUUUACGUUAUUUACAUACACAAAUACAUCAAACAAGAAAUUUUUCAAAUUUAAUAUGUUAUAAUUGUUCAAUAAUAUUAUUAGAUAUUGAACAAUGUGCUAAAUAUUUACAUAAAAAAAUUAAUCAAGUUAAAAUUAAAUUAAAUAAAACAAAUCGUCUUCGAACAUCAUCAUUAUCAGCAACAUUUCAAAAGAAAAAACAACAAACAACAAUUAUUAAACAAGAACAAUUACCUAUUAUUAAUUCAGAUUCUGAUGAAGAAUUUGAUAAUAUUGAUGAUGAAGAGGAUAUAUGCUCAUCAUCAUUAAAUUAG